AUGCCUUUGUCCUCAGAUCUCUGUCUCUUGCAACUUACAGGUGUGGCAGAUUUGAUAGGAUCAGCAAUUUGUCUGAGAAGUCUGCCUUCCUUAUUGGAUGAUCUCUUCCAAGUUUUUAAUUUCCCCUUAAGCUUCCCUUCUGGAUGGAUUGCUGUGGUCUGGUUUGAAGUUAUUGCCAAAGGAGCUGGUGAGGGUUCAAAAUCCAUGUCUUUUGUUGCUUCUGGGUUGGGUGGACUGGUUGAAGCUACUUCAAUGGCUUUAGAAUGGAAAUUAACAGCAUGCUUUGCUGUCAACAACGGCAUUUUCGUGGCGGAGAUGGUGGGUCGGGAUUUGGCUCAAUCCCACCACCCCUUAGAUCCUCUCACACCCCAAGAAAUCCAAAAAACUACACUCAUUAUCCAAAAAUCUCACUACGGCUCACUCCAUAACCUAACCUUUCACUUUCUCGACCUCGAUGAGCCCCCAAAACAGGACGUCCUAAAAUGGCUCAUUUCCACUAAACAAAACGGGCCUUUCCCGGCCUGUCGGGCCCAAGCGGUGAUUCGGGCCAAUGACGAGACACGCGAACUAAUCAUCGACCUAAUCAAGAAUUCAAUCCUCUCGGACAAAACUUCCUUUCACAAACUCCCAAUUUCGAGACUCGAUUUCGAAAAGAGGGCUCAACUUAUCGGAAAUUACAUAUUUGCCCCUGAGCACGGGCUGGUACGGCGAGCCCGUAACAAGAAGGCUCGCUCGGGUCACGUGUUUGGCCCGUAUUUCUACAGAGGAGAAGGCACAUCCAAUGUCUGGGCCCGGCCCAUCGAGGGUUUGGGCCUUUUGAUCGACCUCGAGGCCCAGCAAGUGGUCGAAUUCGUCGACAGGCUGAAGGCCCGAAUGCCAAAGGCAGAGGGUACCGAUUUCCGGGCCGGGGCCCGGCCCAUCCACUGUCAAACAAACAAGUCUAAUGUGGAGGUCAACGGUCAACAAGUGAGAUGGGGUAAUUGGAAAUUCCACGUGGCGCUCGAUGUGCGGGCCGGGCUUGUUAUAUCGACGGCGAGCGUUUAUGAUAAUGUGAGGAGAAGGUUCCGGAGUGUUCUGUACAGGGGGCACGUGUCGGAGACUUUUGUGCCGUAUAUGAACCCCACGCCCGAGUGGCAUUACCGCACGUUUAUGGAUGUUGGGGAGUUUGGGUUUGGGAGGUCGGCCAGUAAUCUCGUGCCACUUGUCGACUGCCCGUGCAAUGCGGUGUAUGUGGAUGAGUACGUGGCAGGGGGGGAUGGGCGGCCCCAGGUGAUUGAGCGCGCGAUUUGCGUGUUCGAGUCGUAUGGUGGGAAUAUUACAAAUGGAGAAGCAGAGAUUAGUCUGGUGGUGAGGAUGGUGGCAACAGUUGGGACCUAUGAUUACAUACUUGAUUGGGAGUUUAAGAAUAGUGGUUCAAUUAAAGUUGGGGGUAAGGAGUAA